ACCGGCGCAAAGGUUGUUUAUUCAAAAUAUGCUGGAACUGAGUUGGAAUUCGGUGGAGCCAAUCAUAUCAUUUUGAAAGAAGAUGACAUUGUGGGCAUUCUCGAAACUGAUGAUGCCAAGGAUAUACAGCCCUUGAAUGAUAGAGUUCUUAUCAAGGUUUCCCUUGCUGAGGAGAAAACUUCUGGUGGCUUGCUGCUGACUGAGGCAGCCAAAGAAAGGCCUUCAACUGGGACGGUUAUCGCAGUUGGUCCUGGUCCAUAUGAUGAAGAGGGUAACAGAAAGCCAUUGACGAUCAGCGCUGGAAGCACAGUCCUGUAUUCAAAAUACGCUGGAAGUGAAUUCAGGGGGGCUGAUGGUUCAGAUUACAUUGUCUUGAGAGCAUCUGAUGUGAUCGCUAUUCUCUCCUGAGUUUCAGAGUUGCCUGUUGUCUAAUUGCAUUGGCUUUUUUAGGUGAGCUAUUACUGAGGCCUUUGUUUUCUCAAGCAUAGUUUCUGUAGUUUUGGAUUUGAUUCCAAGUUGCUCAAGUCUUCUUCUUCUUCUUAUGUUCUUCUUUUAUUUCUGAACUUUUACAUGGAACUGUGAUUGGAAUUUACUUAAUUAAGCAUAUAGAUACUUACAUUUUGGGUUU